AUGUUAUUCAGAUCCUUCUUGGCUAGCGGGUUACUUGUCUUAUCGACGUUGAUGUCGUCCGCCAAGGCCGACGAUUUGCCGGAGAUUGAAGUAGUGGGUAACAAGUUUUUCUACAAGAACAACGGUUCUCAGUUCUACGUCAAAGGUAUUGCUUACCAACAGGAUGUUACAAAUGCUACUGAUAGUUCAUUCAGUGAUCCUUUAUCUGAUGCCGACGCAUGUAAGAGAGAUAUUCCUUAUUUGCAGGCAGUUGACACUAAUGUCAUUAGAGUGUAUGCUCUUAACGUUUCGUUAGACCACUCUGACUGUAUGUCUAUGUUGCAAGAUGCUGGUAUCUAUGUGAUUGCUGAUUUAUCCGAACCCGACUUAUCUAUUAAUAGAAAUGAUCCUCAAUGGACCGUUGAAUUGUACAACAGAUACGCUGGUGUCGUCGAUUUGUUUCAAAACUACACCAAUGUUUUAGGUUUCUUUGCAGGUAAUGAAGUCAGUAACAACAAAACUAAUACCGAUGCUUCCGCUUUUGUCAAGGCUGCUAUCAGAGAUAUGAAGGCCUAUAUGAAAGCACAGGACUACAGAGCAAUUCCUGUUGGUUACUCUGCGAAUGAUGACCAGGACAUCAGAGACUCAUUGGCUGACUAUUUCGCUUGCGGUGACGAAGAUGAGAGAGCUGACUUUUUUGGUAUCAACAUGUAUGAAUGGUGUGGUUCUUCGAGUUUCAAGGCUUCAGGUUAUGAAACUGCCACCGAACAAUACAAAAACUUAGGUAUUCCGAUCUUCUUUUCAGAGUAUGGUUGUAAUACUAAGGGAACCAGAACGUUUCAAGAAGUUGGUACGUUGUUUUCCAGCGAAAUGACUGAUGUUUGGUCUGGUGGUAUUGUGUACAUGUAUUUCCAAGAAGAUAACGAUUAUGGUUUGGUUUCUGUUGAUGGCAACUCUGUCUCAACAAUGAAGGAUUACAGCAACUAUAAGUCUGAAAUUCUUAAGAUCUCUCCAUCAUCCGCAACUGCCUCAGACGCAUCAACAACUGUCACUUCUUGUCCAACUAGUACCUCAAACUGGGAAGCCUCAACUGAUUUGCCCCCAACUCCAAAUAAGGAACUUUGUGAUUGUAUGAGCGAAGCAGCUACUUGUGUCGUCAGCAGCGAUGUUGACUCAGAUGAUUACUCUGACUUGUUUUCCUACGUCUGCGAAAAAGUUGACUGUAGCGGAAUCACAGGUAAUGGUACCUCAGGUGUAUAUGGUGCUUACUCUCCAUGUUCGGACAAAGCUAGAUUGAACUUCGUUUUGAACUUGUACUAUGAAAAGCACGGUUCUUCCCUGAGUGCAUGUGACUUUGAUGGUUCAGCUUCUUCAAAGAAGGCAUCAACUGCUCUGUCCUGUUCUGCUCUUCUUAAGUCAGCCGGUACUUCAGGCAUGGGAAGUGUUUCUGCAUCAGUACAAACCACCAAGCACACAAACAUCACUAACUCGAAGUCUACUGCUACCAGUGGCUCUUCGGGUUCUAGCUCAUCUGGAUCUUCAUCAUCUGGAUCUGGUAAGUCAUCAGGAGCCGCUCCUCAAUAUUCUUUUGACUUGGUCACUAGAUGUUUAUUGGUUGGUGCUUGUAUGAUAGUUGGUGCAGGCAUGGUUAUGGCCUGA